ACUGAAAAUGUCAAUUUACAUCUGUAUAUUAGUGCUGGUUCCCUCAGUUUUGACUUAUUCUGCUGGGCCUCCAUCAAAUGCUUGCGACAGCAUGACCCCUGGACACGGAGGAUCAAGCCAGUCUUCAGCACCCCCAUACCAAAUUGUAUUUCCUCAAGGGAAGACAACCUACUCUGAGGGUGAAAAUAUUCAAGUUACUCUUGAAGCUACUGGAGGUAACAUAUUUAAAGGCUUUAUGAUACAAGCAAGACCAAGCAAGGAUAUGUACACCACAUAUGGAUCAAUACCUUCACUUCCUACUGGUACAAAGAAUCCAUGCGUAGAUAAAGGUUCCGGCAAGAUAAAUAAAUGUUUCUUUUUUUCUUUUUUUUUUCAGAAUGUUGUUAUAUCACAUGGUGAACCCUCUGAUAAAACUAAAGUAACAUUUACUUGGAAGGCUCCACUUGCAGAUGUUGGAGACAUUGUGUUUGUGUUUUCUGUUGUGCAAGCCAAAGCAAUAUACUGGGUGAAGGGUGUAGCAGGACAGGUGUUGAAAUAUAAAGCAAAACCAACAAAUUCCCCAACUGAUGCUUCGACUGAUGCCUCGACUGCCUCAUCCAGUAGCAAAGCUACAACUACACAAUCACAAACAACUGGUCAGAUUGACCGGGAUCCAGACUGUGAUAUGACUAUAGGCUGUUUCCCAGCAUCAGCGAUGUGUUCCACCAAUUGCGAUUACCUUGUGACAUGGAAAACGUCAGGGAUGAAUGAUGUAGAAUUUACCUUAAAGAGAAAAACUACUUCAAAUAAUUACUGGAUUGGAAUAGGCUUCUCUGAUGAUGCUCAAAUGGGUAACACUAGUGUUACAGAGUGUGUGUCUAACAAUGGGGCCGUUGAUGUGAAAAACUCAUAUAAUGCUGAUGGGGAAUGGAGAAAUUCCAGGUCAACUGGCAAUCAACAGUAUGGACUUACCCUUGUCAGUGGAUCAUACAAUAAUGGUAUUUUAUCAUGUACGUUCAAACGAAAAAAGAGUGCCGAUCUUGCGGGUAUGGCAUCAGCCAAUGAAGAUGAUACAUUCUUCAGUUUGACCAAAACAUGGUACUUGCUGGUUGCCCAUGGAAGUGCUUCAGGAGGAAAUAAAGUCAAGCAUAGUGAGUCUCCAAAAUUUUCAACAUCCAGAAUAGAUUUCCUUACAGUUAGUACAGACACUGGAACCACACCAGCCAUGGGAGAAACAGGGAUGAUAAAGAAGGACAGUAAAUGUGGAGAAAGUCUUGGAUGUUACCAUGAUUGUAAAGAUAGUGGAUCAUGUGGAUUUUUAUUGACCUGGAAGGAAAACGGAGAUAAUAUAGAUUUUACCUUGACCUGUAAACGUCCAGGAAACAAUGUGUUCUGUGCCAUUGGAUUAUCCAAAGAUAAAAAAAUGGGUGAUGACAGUGUUUUUGAAUGUGUAUCCAGUGAUAAUACAGUGUCUGCUUAUGUCUCAUACAAUGGCGGAAGAAAUAAUAAAAGAUUAUCGACGCCUCAGUUUGGACUCAGUAGUAUAAAAGCAUCUCAUGAGGACGGCAUACUAAAAUGUCAGUUUUCGAGAAUGAAGACUUUCAACCAAGUUUCAAACAUGAACGGACGUAAGAAAAGAGCAGUUGAUCCAUCAGCCUCAAGAUACUUUGAUAUGAACAAAGACUUUAAUUUAUUAUAUGCAUUUGGAACUGCUAUUGGAGGUAAUCUGAACAAACAUCAAACUCAUCCAGUAAUAUCAUCGCAGACAGCUGAUUUCCAGAGUUUUACAGACAUUGGUGCCGCUUCUAUUUCAAAGGACAGAAUUAUCAUCCAUGGCAUUUUAAUGAUAUUUGCAUGGAUAUUCUUCGCCAACUGUGGUAUAUUCAUGGCAAGAUUUUACAAGACUGUCUGGCCCGAAGGCAUGGAGUGGUGUGGACAGAAACGUUGGUUUGUUUUACACAGAUUGGCUAUGGUGACAGUUUUCUUGUUGACAGCUGCCGCUGCUGUUAUUAUAUUUGUACAUGUUGGUGGUUACUCCGAGAUUGUUGGAACUAACUUCCAGAAAGCUCAUCCUAUACUAGGAAUAAUUGUAAUGUGUUUAGCAACAGUAAAUCCUAUUAUGGCAUUGUUCAGACCACACCCAAAUACACCAAAACGACCAUACUUCAACUUUGCUCAUAUCACUGUUGGUGUAACAGCUUAUGUUUGUGGAAUUGUGAAUAUUUUUGCUGGUUUUGAUCAGCCAGCAAUAGAGGUACCGUUCAGUGCUAAAAUAGUGAUUUGGGUAGCUCUUGGGUGGAUUGGUCUCAUUGAGUUGACCUCAUACAUUUAUGACUGUCAACAUAAAAAAGGGCAUGAUGAGGGAACCUCUCCUAUUCUUGGCUACAACAGUUCUAAAGGUGAAGCAUAUGAAAUGAAAGACGCAGCAGCAGAUAACGCACCUGUGACCCAGGCUGUGCCAACAUUCAAGAUUGUUAUACCCAGUGUACAUGUAAUUGGACUGUUGGCUUUUGCGAUCGCAGCAUCUGCUAUAGUUGCUAUGGGAGAUGAUAUGCAUGAUGAAAUGUAGAGUUACCGUGAUGAUGCAAAUUAUAUGUAAUAGUGAUAUUAUAUGACUGUAAAGUAACCUCUCCUUUGUUAAAUAUUGUUAAAUUACUCAGACUUUAAAAGCACAAGGUGUGAAGAAAUAUUUUUAAACUGUUGAUAAAUUGUCAUUACAAUGGUAGUAAAUUUGUAAUGAAAUUUGUUGUUACAUUUAUAUUGUUUCUUGUUACAUUUAUAUUUUUUCAACAAAAGUGUCCUUAUUGGUAGAUCCUGCAGUAUUUUUAAGAACUGCUACAUUUUCAUGAUAUGUUUUAAGUUUAUUAGGCUUAUUUUCACAAAGCUGCAGUGCAAUUAAGCAGAGUAUAGAUAAACAACUCUGUCCUGUUUUUAUAUGAUAUGUUUUAGAUUCAGAAGAUAACAAAUACCAUUUUAUAGAAUCUGAUUAUCUGCACUGCGCAUGUACACUUUGCAUUGGACUAUCUUGAUAUAAAUUACAUGACUAUAUUAUUUUUUUAUCUAUAAUCUUUUCUCUUAAGUUUGUCAUAAGAUAAAGCAUGCUCACCCAUAUUCUUAUAUUUUUGUUGGCGAGGGCAAAUAAAGCCAGAUACUUGAAUAUGUUAUAUUUUGCUUCAUGAUGAACCAAAUACAAACACAUUGAAUAAACUAAUGAUCAUUGUUAUUUUUUGACUAACCAACAUAGAAGGAAUGUUUAUUUGAUAUCUUUUAAAAUGAAUACAUAGACAUUAAUUAGAUUUUAAUUUAAUGAUUUUUUUUGUGAAAAUGAUUAAUUUGAAUGAUUGACUAAAUGGACUUUUUUUAUCACAUUUUACUAUAUUUGGAUGAUAUAGAAAUUUUGAGCCUUUAAAAUAACUCUUUUUUUUAAUGAAUUGUUCAUGGGAAAUUUGUAUUGUUUUGUAAAUAGGUAUUUUUCUAUCCUUCAUUGUACAUAUUUUAAUCAUGCUUCUACAACGAUACAUCUAUAUAAAUCCAUCAACAUAAUUGACGUGUAAUUCAUGUGUUCAAAAUCUUAUUUUACACAGUCCGUGUAUACUGUUUAAUUGUUGUUGAAAAAAGUUUUCACAUAG